CAUGGCCCAACAAACGUACACACACACCUGUGGCGACAGAAUGGAGAGAAAGCAAGAUCGGUUGGGGAACGGCGGGCGUGCGGCGGCGCGGCGGCGUGGCGGGCGCCCGCCGCCCGUUCGAGAGUGCAGCAUUGCCACGAUGGGCGGAAAAGGGUGUGGGGGCAGGCGCCGGCGCCGGCGGCGGUGGGUUCAGCGGCAGUGCCUGCGGGUGACCGGUUUCUUUCCGCCGUUUCGCCUCCAAACUGUCACCAAAUCUUUCGUCUGCGCAUGAACUUCUUCUGAAAUUUUGCUGCUAUCAACUAUGUAUCUUGAAGAGCCCCAGAUGUUCGUUCAAUUCCAGUUCCAGCGGUCCAGCCAUUCCCAGCGCAAUUUGGUGAAGCAAUUUGGUUAUGGUGGAUGUAAGUGAGGUGUAUUUAGUGGUGAAGCUAGCAAUUUUGAUUGGGCGAGGAGCUCGAUUUGAGGGAAACUGACGCAUCAGAUUUGGAGACUAGCAAUGGAGUAUGUGAAACAGGUGGGAAGAAUCCAAGUACACCACAAAUGGUGAAUAUGAGGGCUGGGCUGAUGGAGAUGUAGCGUGUAGAGCUUGCUUUGGCGCCGAUGGCUUCGCCGUCAACCCUGCUCUCCUGCAGCUGGUAUUGCAAAUAGCUAGCAAAGUGACAACGAAGAAAUGAGAAGCUGCAGCUGCAUGAUGAUUCAAAUGGCUAAUAAGCUCAAUUUUGGAUCAAUGGAUAAGAACCAGGUGGCCCCCACCAUCUUGGCAUGUUUGUCCCUGAGCUGAAGCUCCUCAUUUUAAUACCCCGUUGGUUUCUGCUCAAGUCCCCUGCAUUGGUGGCAGAAGCAGACCCAUCCACACAAUCAAAGAAGAAGAGUCAGAAGAAGAGAGGUGAGCUGGCCAGCAAUGGAGGCGACGGCGGUGAGCGUGGGCAAGUCGGUGCUCGGUGGAGCACUUAGCUAUGCCCAAACCGCGAUCGCGGAAGAGGGAGCUUUGAAGCUGGGCGUCCAGCGCGACCAAAGUUUCAUCAGGGAUGAGCUUGAGAUGAUGCAGUCUUUCCUGCUGGCUGCGGACAAAGAGCAUGAUGGACAUCAUCACGAGGUCAUCAGGACCUGGGUGAAGCAAGUACGUGACGUGGCCUACGACGUGGAAGACUGCCUCCAAGACUACGCUGCCCGGUUGAAGAAACCACCCUGGUGGAGCCUCCCUUGCACAGUACACCGGGAGAGGCGUCGCAUCGGGAACGAGAUGAAGGAGCUGAGAGCCAAGGUUGAGGAUGUCAGCCAGAGAAACAUGCGUUACCAUGGUGUGUCUGCAGCUGCCCCACAGUCUUCUUCUGUUACUGCUGCUGAGCUGCUGCAAUCCACUGCCGCCAUCGACGACAUUGAUGAGGCUAGACGUGCCGCCAAGCAACAAGAAAAGGUGGACCUCGUGAAGCUCAUCACCAACGACGGACAAGGUGGACUUAGAGUGAUUGCUGUGCUGGAAACAAGAAGUGGACCUGCUGGGACAGUGCCCGUUGUUCGAGCUGCCUACCAAAAGCUCAAAGGAGAGUUUGAAUGCCACGCCUGGGUAAGGCUGAUGCACUCCUUUGAUGCAAACCAAUUCAUUGGGAGCUUGGUGAGGCAGUUCAAAGCGAACUCUCGCGAGGGUACUGGCAAGACACCACAAGGAACACCUUCUGGGGUGUCUGUUCUGAAUGAGAUGGAAGCACAAGAUUAUAAUCUGCUUCAUGACUUUACUGGAUAUGUGACCAACAAGAAAUACUUGGUUGUGCUUAAUGGCCUGUCUACAAUAGAAGAGUGGGACUGGAUAAAAACUUAUCUUCCAAACAAUCAUAACGGGAGCCGAGUCCUAGUGUGCACACAGCAAGCUGAAGUUGCAAGCUGUUGUACUUGUACCGAUGAUAAGUACAAGGUGUCUGAGAUUCAACACGAAGGGUCAUUUUCCAAACCUCUUUAUGUCUUCUACAAGGAGGUGGUCUCUCAGCCAGUUAAUUCAGAUUCCACUAAGAUGAAAUCAGAGACCAGGUCCAGCAUGGAGGGUGCCUCUACUACUAGUGACAGCAAAACAGUACCUUCUGAUGGCGUGAUACAGGAGGAUGGCCCGAAGGACCUGCCUGAAAGCAGUUUACCCCCUCACCUCAACAGAGAUUCCAACACUGUGUCUGUGAAGGAACUUUCUCGCAGCACGACACAGCUCAUUGGUAGAGGAAAAGAAAAGGAUGACGUCAUCAAACUGCUUUCUGAUUGUAAUCCGAUCCGUCAAGUGAUUUCGGUGUGGGGAAUGGGUGGCAUUGGGAAAACCACUCUCGUCAAAAGCAUCUAUCAGAGCUCCGAGCUUGAGAAGCUUGGGUUUGAGAGGCGUGCUUGGGUAACUGUAUUGCGUCCUUUCCAGCUUACUGAGCUCCUUAGGAGCUUAGCUCAGCGGUUGGUUAAAGAUUCCCCUGGAAAGAAGGUAGAAUCUAUACCAGGACUUGCAAGGAGUGGUUUAAGCACGAUGGGAUCUGAAGAAUUAAUUGACAAGUUGAAGCAAGAUUUAACUGGGAAGAAGUACCUCAUUGUCCUUGAUGACCUAUCGACUACUACUGAGUGGGAUUCAAUAAUAAGAAACUUGCCUAUAAACAACAAUGGUAGCCGGAUCAUACUGACUACAAGAUUUAAACUUGUUGCGCAACAUUGUUCCAAGAAAGAAAUGAACAUGCACAAUAUUGAAGGUCUAACAGACGGAGAUGCUCUUGAGCUAUUCUUAACUAAGGUACGCAUGGAUGGUGAUGAAUCAGAAUUGAAACCUGACUUGAAGGAGGAAGCAAAAAUUAUCAUCAAGAAGUGUGGCCGACUUCCCCUUGCAGUCGCUACAGUGGGUGGUUUCUUGUCUGCCAGACCUCGAAAUAUCAUAGAAUGGAGGGAGUUUAGUGAUCGCAUCAGUGAAGAAUUUGAUAACAACCCAAGUCUUGAGAUGAUAAAGAAAAUACUUGCAUCAAGCUAUGAGGGUUUAACUUACCACUUGAAAUCUUGCUUCCUAUAUAUGUCGAUUUUCCCUGAAGACUCUGACAUCAGAUAUAGACGAUUAUUGAGGCGAUGGACUGCAGAGGGUUACUCAAGAGCAACGAGAAACAGGAGCAACGAGAAAGUGGCAGAAGAACAGUUCACAGCUCUUCUCAACAAGAGUAUGAUCCAACAAUCAAAAACGAUUGCCAGUGGGAAGACAGGUUUCUGCCAAGUCUAUAAUCUCAUGCAUGAAAUCAUCAUUUCAAAGUCUGAAGAAGAAAACCUUGUUCUUGUUCUAGAUGACCACAUCACCUCGCGCUCUAAAGAUAAAGUACGCCACCUUGUUGUGAGCAAGAGCUGGAGCAGAGAAAAGAACGAUAUGCAAAAUAUAGUGGAUGUGUCCCACAUACGAUCUCUGACAGUCUUUGGGGAGUGGAAAUCAUUUUUCCUUUCUAAGAAGAUGAGGAUGCUUCGAGUGCUUGAUUUAGAAGAUGCAGAAGGUCUUCAGGAUCCUGACCUUGUGCCAAUUGGAAAGCUUCAUCAUUUAAAGUACUUGUCUCUACGAGGAUCUUUUGGAGUCUUCAAUCUUCCAAAUUCCUUUGGUAACCUGUUGAACCUGGAGACACUAGAUAUCAGGGGAACAUGGGUUACAAAGUUGCCAGCAACCAUUGGUAGGCUCCAAAACCUGAAAUACGUCCAUGCCGGAUCUUUAGAUGAUGAGGAUGAUCAGCCGAUAAUUAAACUACUGCAUCAGUUCAGAUCAAUCCGAGAAGAGAUGGGAACCAGGUUCGCUGUAUCAUAUAUCAUGUUGUUCAUCACCGCUUGGUUAAGAAACCUGGAUGUAUGUGGUGUUAAAGUGCCAAGAGGGAUUGGACGGUUGAGGUCCAUUCACACACUGAGCAUCGUGAACAUUGCACGGGGAAAGGCCUUGCUCAAAAACCUCAAAAAGCUAACCCAACUGUGUAAACUAGGUGUGACUGGCAUCAACAAGAAUAACUGCAAAGAGCUCUGUUCUGCCAUUGCCGACCAUGGCCGCUUGCAGUCCUUAUUACUGCGGGCAGAGGGUAAUGCUGGGUUAGAAGGUUGUUUGGAUAACAUGUCCCAGCCUCCUAAAGACCUUAAGAGCCUCCAGUUGUACGGCAAUCUGGUGACUUUACCAGAAUGGAUUAAGGAUCUUAAAAUUCUACAAAAGCUGAGCCUUCGCAACACCAAUCUGAAGGCAGAUACUACCAUGGAAGUGCUUGGAAACCUACCAAUGCUAGCCAUUCUUCGUCUCCAGGACAAUGCGUGUGAGGAGGAAGAACUCUGUUUCGGUCCCGAGCGUUUCACAGGUCUGACGUCAUUGGAGCUUCUCAAUUGGGAGAGCCUCAAGUCGGUGAAAUUUGAACGAGGAGCUACUCCUAAACUGAAGGUGCUACUGCUGCACUACUGUUGGCAAAUACACAAUGGUGGGUUUUCUGGCAUAGAAACUCUCUCGACCCUAAAGGAAGUUUCAAUCUUGGGCUAUAAUUAUGACCAGACCUACACCGAAUUCAAGGAACAAUUACAGAAGCAACUUGACAUGAACAAGAACAAACCAAAUCUAAGUAUUCUGUAGUCCAAAACUGCCACUGGCUUUCAUAGAAUUGCUCCCUCCACACUCAAAUAUGUGGCAUUGUGUCAUUCAGGUAGUGUUUCAAAUUUCAAAAUCAUGUAUAAUUAUGACAAUUUCAACAUUAAGUUUUACUCCCUUUUUUCUCCUCAUGUACCAUACGCUUUAAGUAAUUAAGUGUAUAAGUUUAGUUUAGUUUCAUGGUGAAAAUUGUAGUACCUUUACCA